CGUUCUGACAACAAGGCAGAUUGAGUCGACUUGUCGAAGCUGUUUGCUUCAAAUCAGCAUACAAUUAUAUAAAAGCUGCAAAUACUUGUUUAAAUGGAUAUCACACAUUGACCUCAUUCUGGAGAAGAUAAAAAUUAGUAGGUCUCGUUUUCUGAAACCUGAUUCACAGUCAUAGCAAUGAGUGGAUUUGUUGAUGGUUUGUGCCCUGUAUUAAAGAGCCCUGUAUUAAAUGGAAGACAGUCUUCAAUGACAAGCCUACAGGGCUCAGAAAAUGGUUCAGGAGGCUUACCUAGCAGUCCAUUUCGCAAAGCAUUGAGUGGUCAUAUCAUGGCAAGGACCCCAGGACAAAGUAGCCCAUCUUCAAAAAGUAUCAUGAAACAAAAGAGUCCAUCUCCCAGAAUUCAGAAUGGUUCCUUCAAGCAAACAUCAAAUAGCAAGACAACAAUGAGUCAUUCUAAAAAACAAAGUACGCUGACUCCCAAAAUGCCAUACAAACAGGAUAGCCCAGCAACCAGCAUUCCUGAAAUGAGUCCCUUUAGACAAGCAUUGAGUAGUAAAAUCACAUGUUCUAAUCAAGGCAGCCAAUCCCCCAGAAAGCAAUGCACCCAAGAGAAACAAUCUCCCAGAAUUCAUCCAAAUUCAGAAAGCUCCAUUCAGCUUACCAACUCUCCCGAGAAGAAACAAAAUGAGGGAAUCAAACCAAGCUAUUUUGGCCAAAUGAAAGUAGACAAAACCAGACAGGAGUUGGAGUUAAGUCCCCAGAAUUGUCUAGAAAAUAGUCCAAAGGGUAAUGGCACAUUUGGAGGAUUGACAGAGGAUGAUGUCAUAGAUUGCUUAUUCUUUAGCUGUGGAGGGGGACUCCAACAAAGUGUUCCAACCUCUCGUCUCUUAGAUUAUCUCCAGUGUUCUAUUGUAGACAAUUAUGAGACCAGGUCACUACUUAAAAACUUGGCCUUGACAUUUGACCCUGAAGGAGUUGAUGUCGAGAUUGAUCUCAAGACAUACAGAUGCUGCAUUCAGAACUGGAUACAGAAAAUUAAACAGUCAAAUCAUGAAAGUGAUGAUGAAAUACCCGAGGAUCCUUUACCUGGCCCCACAAGUCAUACUUAUAGUACCAAGCCUACACUUCAGAUGUGUGGGCUUCAAGCACAAGGACCACAUAUGCAAGGGUCUCAGGCUUUAGGGUCUCAUAAGGCUUUUCAUAAGCACUCAGAAAACAACUUUGGCAGAGAUGUGGAGCAUCACAUGCCUGAGUCUAUGGACGUUUACCCAGAGCACCAUUAUGGAGAGGAGGGUGAUCUGUCCCAGGAAUAUACAGUAGGGAGUUUAGAGGCAUCUGGUGGUCAAAAUAGCCAAUCAGAGCAUGUUGAUGUAAUUGCCCUUACUGGUCAAGUAGAGGAGCUACAGCACCAGAACAAGAACCUCUGUGAGGAGAACAGACAACUGGAGACACAGCUUGAUGCAGCAGAGGACACUGUUCAGCAACUCUACAGGGAGACAGAGCAACUCAAUAAAAAGUUACAAAGCCAAGCUGCACUCAGUGAAAGAUUGAAGCAACUCCAAUGUGAGAAUGAAGAGUUAAAAAGCACUAUAAUGACACUGGAACUAAGCAAGAAGGCACUGGAGAAGACUGUCAACAAACUACAUUAUGAAAACUCUAACUUGGAAAACCAUAAAUCUUUACUGGAAGAAAAGGUACUUCAGAUAAAGGGUGAACUUGACGAGGCACACAGUCAGCAGCAGGAAUUACAGACAUCAUUGUGUCAAAAGAAACAUGAAUGCAUCAAGGUUCAAAGUCUAAGUGAUCUACAUGAGGCUCAGCUAACCCAGAAGUCCACAAAGCUUGAUGAAUUACUUAGCCUGUUGAAUGAAUUGACAAGAGCCAAUGAGGUUCUUAAGACAGAGAAAACAGAACUACAUAAUGAACUAGUGGAAGUCAGGAGAACUGUAGCAAGUCUUGAAGAAAGACAAAGAUGUGCCACACCACUUCUAGACUCCACUGAUGAUGACAUCAUGCCUAUUAAGCUUGCCCCAACUGCCAGCAGCACCCCCUUUAGGCAGCCUGCCUCAUUAGGUUCUGAGUUGAGAGACCAGAUAAUGGUAGAUGACACUGACUUGCCUUCCCCACUUUGUGAGAAACCAUUCGAGUUGAGGCCUCCUUCAUUCAACAAUGAAUAUUUUGCCGAGUGUGUGGCUGAGAGAGACUGGCAAGCAGAAGAGGAUGAAAUAGCUGCCCUCCUGCAACAAAAAACAACUGGCAUGAAAGAUGGCAUUGAAAACAUUACUAGCCAGUUUAACAAGAAAAAGGAGUUUGUGCUUGAACAAAUCCAACAGCUCUCCACAUUCAGACCCAACUCACCUGUAUUGUCUUCUAGGUUGCCUAGCAACAUACCUAGAUCUCCUAGGUUUCCUAGCAACCUGCCAAGAUCUCCAAGGUUACCCAGCAACCUAGCAUCAUCACCUAGGCUAUUGAAUAACCCAUCAAAAUCCCCACAUCCCUCUCCCAAGAUGACCAUUUCUGGCAACAUUGGGAAAUCUCCAUUAUCCUCCCCUUUACACAAGGGAAUUAAGAAACUACAAGUAGGAGGAGCUAAAAUUGAAAGUGGGAGUGGCAAGUUGCCAGUGGGUGUGAAAAGUGUUAAUCAAGAUGUAGCCCCCUCCCCCAAGGUGGUGCAACAAAGACUGAAAGAGGAACUAGAAGGGUUUGCGGUUCAAGUUGCUGCACUGGACAGAGCCAAGCAGAUGUCAGACAGAAGAGCUGAGAAACUUGCAAAUGUUGUAAGAAGAUUGAAAGACCGCAAUGAGACCCAAAGAUUAGAACAUGAGGCUAGCAUACGUAAGUUAGAGGAGACCUUUGAUUUUGACAACAGUAUAGAGCAGAGACUGGGUUCAUUAGCAACACAGUUAGAGGCAGAAAGAAAAUAUGUGACAGACUUGGAGAAUAAGUUGCAGUCAAUUUCCAAAGAUCUGAGGGUUUCUCAAGAUAAAUACAACUCAAUCAGCAAAGCCUACACUGAUCUUCAAUAUCAGUACAGAAAGAUGGAAGUUGAGCAUUCAGAUCUGAAGAGGUCCAAUACAGAGCUGACUGAGCAGUGCACCAAAGUAAAAGGAGAUAUGUCAGAUGUUCAGGAGGAGCUGAUCAAGUCAAAGGAGGUAAUUGCACAAGAGAAGAAGAAAGCUGAACAAUUAGAGUCAUUACAUACAAUGUGUAUGGAGAAUGAGAGUGUUCAGAUCUACCAGAGACUCCAGUAUCACAUGGAAGUACUAGCCCAGUCUACAAAUAGGAUGUCUAGUAGGGCAGAGGUCUUAGAGUCAGUACACCAAGAGAGACGUCUCAGCAGUGCAAUUGAGGUUAUGGUUCAACAUACUGAGAACCUGAAGAGAUUGUACGAGAGAGAACACCAUGAACUGGAGGAGACAAGGAGGAUCCUACAAGAGAACAACCUCUAUACUCCUUCAACAAGCCCAGACAUAGCAGGGGAAUGCACUAUUGGUAAGAGGUCUAUGUCGGUGACAGAGGGAGCCACUAGUCUCAAGGAAACUAGAAGGCGUGCUAGCGUAGCGGUGGGUGCUUUAGGAAGACAGGCCAGUGUCUCAAAUGAUCCAAAAAGUCAGAGCAUAGUAGCAUCUACCUCAGCAGGUAACAAGAACUCCAUCUUUAGUGUUGUGAGACGGGCUUCUAUGGCAGAUAAAGGAGACAGUAGUCCAACAGGACAGUCCGAACUGUCCCCCAUAUUAUCUAGUCCUACUCUAGAGAAAACACAGGAGCUCAACCCCAAUGAUAUCAAGGAAUCCCUUCAGCCAGUAGUUGUUUCAAAUGGGUCUACAAGCGCCUCCAUUGACACCAUAUCAAGCUCAACUCUAGCUUCCCCAACUUCACAAGGUACAACUUUAGUGAGACGGUCAGUCACCUACUCCAAGGAUGGUUCUGAUAAGUCCAUUGAUCAUAAAGCUAACUGUAAUGAGGAAGAAAUAUUUCAAAAAGGCUACGAAGAGGGAAUUAAAGCCAAGGUGUCUCAGGAUUUAGAAGACUUGAGAGAACAACAGAAAGUAUUCUGUGAUACCCUAGAAGACCUCAUGGAUCAGAGUGAGAUAGCAGAGCAGAUGGAAGCUUGUGAGAGCAGAGAGACAUCUAUUGAGAAAGUCUCAAAGAUAAAACCAAGACAUGAACUAAUAAACUCAAAGUUCAGUUGGGACAAAUCAGGGAAGCAAAUGCGCUUUUUGCUGGCAUGUAUAUUGUUUGGAAUAGCCGUACUGACUGUAUUGUUUACUUUGAUGACUGGUGGACCUGCUAGUAACACAGAUACGUCAGUAGAGGAAAUGCUGCGACCUCAUAUUUCAGUUAGACAUUAUCGUGCACCACCUAGUUAA